AUGGAGACGGUCCUUGUCCUUCUGCUCAUUGCCCUCUCUGUGGCCUCCGCGGCUCCCGACCCCCGGGGACUCCUUAUCAACCUGGAAGAUGGCGAGCUCUGCCUAAACAGCGUGCAGUGCAAGAGCAGCUGCUGUCAGCACGACAGCAUUCUGGGCCUGACGCGCUGCACACACAUGGCCAGAGAGAACGGUGAAUGCUCGCCCAAGACGAUCUACGGGACUUACUACAAGUGUCCCUGUGAGCGGGGCCUGUCCUGUGAGGGAGACAAGAGUAUCCUUGGUGCCAUCACCAACACCAACUAUGGCAUCUGCCUUGAUAUUGGACGCUCCAAUGAGUAA